AUGACCCACGACUAUGCCAUUGACUACGUCUGGGGUGCUGUUGAGGUCAGCAUGGCUAUAGUUUCUAUUUGCUUUCCUCUUCUCCGUCCAAUUUUCUUUGCCAUCUUCGGCUCCAGAGCCCUCGGCUCGGACGAUCACAGCACGCAAGUCGUGAGCUACAGCAAUCACAGCUGGAUCCGUCAUCCUGGUUUCGAAAUGGGCUCAACGGUCGGUCCGAAGAGAAGGAAGGAGGCCAAUGCAACCAGCUCGAUCCAGAGCAUUGAAAACGAGGAGAACGGUAUUCUGGGGGAUCCGGCCCCCCUGAAGACCCCGGAUCGCAUCUUGACAACCGUCACGGCCCCGUAUCACACCAACGAGUGGCAUGAACACUACGGAAACGGGAUUCAUGUUCGCAAUAACGAGGAGAUUGAGGUUCACCAUGCGGAUCGUGAGACGAAAUCUUCCAAUAGCGACCAUGCCUCUCAGGAUUUUAUUUAA